AUGGCGCGGAAUGAUGAGCGAUCCCAACACGGCAAAAAGCGCCCCGCGGAAGGCGACCCGGACGGCGCGCAACCCUUGACCAAGCGAUUUGGCCGUCUUCAGAUCGAUAAUGAGCCCGUCGUCGCGCGGGCCCAGCGUGAUGUGCUUCCUGCCGCCGGGCCCCCACCUCAGUCCGACAUGAUGCUGCUGGACGACACUCGAUACACGACCUAUAUCCACGAUCUCGACCAGGAGUUGGCCGAAUCCGACGCCUCUCCCGAUCACUUAGUCCUUCUUCCCCUCGCGCAGAGGAUGAUCUCGCCGAACGCGACUCUAUCCACCUCCUCACAAGGCAAAGAGUUAGUUUUGUACACUGAGCCCUCCUCGUUGACCGUUUCGAAGGAGCAGGAUAGUGUGCGCAAGGCAAUCAUCGAGUCAAGAUCCCGCGCUCGGGCAGAGAGAGCCUCGUCUAUUAUACAGUCAACCGACCAAUCCAUCGCGUGUCCAGGCGAGCACGUUAUGGCAAUUGUCAGGCCAUCCAGCGACGAUCCGAGUGAGGAUGUAAUGGAUAUCGACCUGAGUUGA